GAAGUGGUUGGGAAUUGAGGCGCCCCCAAGGGGGCGGUUCCCAUUCCACCGCGGAGCCGGAUGUUUGCGGAGCUUUGACAGGCGUGGCAGCGGGAGCAGCACCAGAGCGCGCUUUGUCUCAGGUUCUGCGGUAGACCUGGCCAUGGACCCACUCUCUGAGCUGCAGGAUGACCUGGCCCUCGACGACCCCAGCCAGGCCCUGAACCAGCUCAAGCUGGCCUCCAUCGAUGAGAAGAACUGGCCCUCGGAUGACAUGCCCGACUUCCCCAAGUCAGAUGACUCCAAAAGCAGCUCCCCAGAGCCUGUGACACACCUGAAGUGGGACGACCCUUACUACGACAUUGCCCGGCACCAGAUCGUGGAGGUGGCAGGCGAUGACAAGUACGGGAGGAAGAUCAUCAUGUUCAGUGCCUGCCGGAUGCCGCCCAGCCACCAGCUGGACCACACCAAGCUCCUGGGGUACCUGAAGCACACGCUGGACCAGUAUGUGGAGAGUGAUUACACACUCCUCUACCUGCACCACGGCCUGACCAGCGACAACAAGCCCUCGCUCAGCUGGCUGCGCGACGCCUACCGCGAGUUUGACCGCAAGUACAAGAAGAACAUCAAGGCCCUGUACAUCGUGCACCCGACCAUGUUCAUCAGAACCCUGCUCAUCCUCUUCAAGCCCCUCAUCAGCUUCAAGUUUGGGCGGAAGAUCUUCUACGUGAACUACCUGAGCGAGCUCAGCGAGCACGUGAAGCUGGAGCAGUUGGGGAUCCCUCGCCAAGUGCUGAAGUACGACGACUUCCUCAAGUCCACCCAGAAGAGCCCCGCGACAGCCCCCAAGGCCAUGCCUCCGCGGCCGCCCCUGCCCAACCAGCAGUUCGGGGUCUCGCUGCAGCAGCUGCAGGAGAAGAACCCGGAGCAGGAGCCCAUUCCCAUCGUGCUCAGGGACACCGUCGCCUACCUGCAGGCCAACGCUCUCACCACCGAGGGCAUCUUCCGGAGGUCCGCCAACACCCAGGUGGUGCGCGAGGUGCAGCACAAAUACAACAUGGGGCUGGCCGUGGACUUCGACCAGUACAACGAGCUGCACCUGCCGGCCGUCAUCCUGAAGACCUUCCUGCGGGAGCUGCCCGAGCCCCUGCUCACCUUCGACCUGUACCCCCACGUGGUGGGCUUCCUCGACAUCGAGGAGAGCCAGAGGGUGGAGGCGACACGGCAGGAGCUCCGCACGCUGCCCGAGGAGAACUACCAGGUGCUUCGCUUCCUGACGGCCUUCCUGGUGCAGGUUUCUGCCCACCAGGACCAGAACAAGAUGACCAACACCAACCUGGCUGUCGUCUUUGGCCCUAACCUGCUGUGGGCCAAGGAUGCCGCCAUCACCCUCAAAGCCAUUAACCCCAUCAACACCUUCACCAAAUUCCUCCUGGAUCAUCAAGGGGAGCUGUUCCCCAGCCCCGACUGCCCGGGGCUCUGAGGCUCAGAGCGUGCCCUGCGCACAGCCCUCCCUGGCCGCCCCCUCAUCGGACUCUUCCUCCCGGCUUCUGCCGCCGGGGAGCCGGGGCUCCUGCCAGGAUGGGCUGUACAGGCUGGGCUGGGCGCCGGAGCGUGGCUGCAGUGGGCCGGCCGCUCUCCGCUCCACCCAGCCCUCCCGCCCCCAAGACCUUUAUCUUCGCCUUACACUUUCACUGCCUCUCUGGGUGCCCGGCUCCUGUGGGGCUUGGUUGUUCCAGGUAGAGAAGGACUGAACCCCAGUCACCCCUUUUCUGCUUUUUUCUGCUUCUCUCUCCCUGGCAGCAGCGGAUGACCAGAUCCCUGCCAGCUUGCCUGGGGCGGGGCCUGGCCCGGGCCCUGAUGGGCCUCUCUUUCCGAUGGCUGCAUAAACAGCCAAACUCCGAGGCCUGGCCUGGCCGUGCCCAGGUGCCUCCCUGUUGGGUCCAGUUACUCCGCCCUUUAGAAGUCCCAGGACACCGUGGCAUGGAUGCAGCCCCGGGCCACUCCUGCUCACGGCUCAGCCCUGGGUCUCCCAGCUGAGGAAUGCCAGGUGGAGUCGGCUUCCUUUCUGCGGCUGUGUCCACCUUUCCCAAGUAGCAUUGCCCCCAGGGGUCCUAGCCCCCUGCAUCUGCUAGGACUAGUAGCUUGGAUGCGAGACCCAGGGUCCACUGGGUAUAGCCACAUUCCCCUGUCCGUGGUGGCUCCUCCUCUGGCCAGGGGACUCGGGCUGGUGCUGAGACUCACAGUGCCCACAAGAGGGACAGACGUUUUGCUAAUAGAUCAGCCCCUGCAGGGGUCCUGGCAACGUCCCCAAGGGAGUCUGGUGCCUGUCGUCGUCCUUCAGAAAGCCUGGGCUCUGAUGAUAGCUGACAUUCCUCAUUUCUCCCCGGGGACCUCUCCCUGCAGCAGGGAGGUAUUGAAGUGUCCCUGUGCUCACCGCAGGGGGCCAAGCAGGACCAGCACCUCCAGAGCCUGUACUGGGCGGGUCUUCCUGGACUGACCGGUGGGCUGGUUCCCUCGUUCCUGUGUCUAGGCCUGGCCUGGCCACUUGGCUCCCUGCUGCCUUUGUAUAUUGAGUGUUGCUCACAGCCCCAUUUCCUGGGGAGCCUUUGGGAUCUUUCUCCUGUCCGCUGCCCCGCUGGAGUGUAGGGGGCGCUGGUACUGUGAAUUGAGUGUUCACAUCCACACCGAAUGACUUCCUUGGCACCAAUCGUGUAUCUCACUGUUUGCACUUUUUGUAUUUCAAUAAAAAUGGGAAAUUCC